ACGCGUGGAUGGCUGCCCUAACAAAGUUGCUCGCUCUGUUUCAACGCUAUGUCUGCGGUUUGGAAUUAUUUUAAAGUGUGUACUUCGGAUGUUAAAUUCGCAAUUUGCAAUGACUGCAAAGCGGCAGUUCCGAGAGGCGGAACCAAACCGUCUUCAUUCAAUACUUCCAAUUUAAUCAACCACCUCAAGCUGAAUCAUCCAGAGAUUUACGCGGCAUUUGUCAACCAAAGCAAUGAGAAGAAGCAACAGGGCCAGGCAGCGGUGGCAGUGAAAAAGACUCAGUUGACGCUCAAAGAUUGCACCGAGAAAAAACAGAAAUACGCCAAGGACCAUCCCAGGGCAAAAGCCAUAAAUCGGAAAAUCAUUGAGUGUGUUGCACUGGAUAACCAGCCCUUUUCGAUCGUACAAGACGCAGGGUUCACCAAACUUGUGGAGUUCCUCGAGCCACGCUUUACCAUGCCCAACCGCAGGUAUUUAACAGACGUGUGUUUACCGGAAUUGUACAGCGUUGUUUACAACCACGUCGAAAAGCUAAUUGUUGAUGCUGUAUACAUUAGCUUCACGACCGACAUCUGGUCAUCAAGCGUUAGUCAGGUGAGCAUGUUGAGCUUGACUGCUCAGUGGCUAGAUAAAGACUUUGCGCUGAAAAAGGCUGUGCUUCAUUCCCAAGAGUGCCGCGGGUCUCAUACAGCAGAAGCAAUCGCAUCUGCGUUUGAAGGGAUGUUCGAGAGGUGGGGAAUCCCCAAGGAGAAUGUGCACGUAGUGGUCAGAGAUAAUGCACGGAACAUGGCUAAAGCUGCGUCGGAGUUUGGUGUCCCAAGUCUGCCCUGCAUGGCACAUACUCUACAGCUCGCAGUGAAUGGAGGUGCCCUCACUCAGCGCAGUAUUGCAGAUGCCCUGGCGGUGGGGAGGCGAGUGGUAGGACACUUUAAGCACUCACCACUUGCUUGCAGUCGUUUUGAAGACAUACAAAAAGAACUCAAUAUGUCCGUUAAAAAGUUGCAACAAGACGUCUCCACCAGGUGGAAUUCCACCUAUUAUAUGAUGCAGAGCCUGGUGGAACAAAAGAGGGCUUUAAGUGCAUAUGCUGCUGAUUAUGAACUCCCCACAACAUUGACAGCAAGUCAGUGGGGGAUAAUGGAGAAGAUGAUCACCCUCCUGGAACCCUUUGAGCAGCUAACCAGGGACAUCAGCUGUGCAGAGGCCACUGCUGCUGAUGUUAUCCCUGGUGUCGUGUCCCUCACGCGGCUGCUUGCCAAGACGGAUGAAUCUGACAAAGGUGUGCAAACUGCCAAACAUGCGCUGUUGGAAGCGGUCAGCAAACGCUUUGAUGGUGUUCAAACUGAACCGCUUUAUGCAAUUGCAACCAUGGUUGAUGCUCGCUACAAAGACCGUUAUUUUGACCCGGAUAAGAAGGAGGAAGCACGGAAUAUGCUGCUGAAAGUUGUGGAUGAAAUGGCCAGUGUGGGCAAUGGUCAACGAGAAGACGCUGCUGGUGCCAGUGCAGAUGAUCCAGGCCAGGAGGACCAGGACCCCCCACCUAAGAAGGCAAAAGGAAGCCUGCAGGACAUGUACCAAGAAAUCCUCACAGAGAAUGAUGUCGCCACACAAGCAACUACAGGCGAAACAGCAUCACAGGUUCAUGCAUACCUGGGAGAAGUCACCAUCCUCAAGACAGCAUGCCCUUUCAAGUACUGGAGCUCCACCCACAUGCGCUUCCCUGCACUUGCCCGAGUUGCACGCAAGUACCUCACUGCGCCCUGUACCAGUGUAGACAGCGAGCGGCUCUUCAGUGCCGUCUCCCAUGUCAUAGACGAAAAGAGAAAUCGCAUACACUGCAACAAUGCAGAGAUGCUCAUUUUCAUUCAGAAAAAUCUACCCCUCACAGAUAUGGACAAGGGAAAAAAUUAG